CCGUGCUGCUCGCCGCCUCCGGGUUCCCUUGUGUCGCGCGGCCCGUAAGUUCCGGCUCUGGCGGUCGGGCGGAAGGUUUAAGCGGACGGACAGAAGCUGGAGAUGGGCUCCGGGCCCAGACUGCUUGAGUGAAACAACCUUCAGGGACGUUCCAUUCUUUCAUUUACUCCAGUGCUUACAACCUGAAAACAAAAUUGGAUUGCCACAAGUCGGCCACAGCUGAGGAAGUGCACUUGGGACCUGACACAAAUGCAUCAGUCAGGAGAAAGAGCCAGCUUCCCGGGUAUCUUCAGAGAAGGCCAGACUGAUAGCUGUGGUCACCCAUUGCAGUGCUAACAACAAUUUCAUGGACUGGAAGUGCUUGUUGAUACUUGAUCCAGAAAACUGUUUCCCAGUCUCUUUAAGAGCAUUUCUCUAGUUGUCGCUGGCUGUCUGUGCUGAGAGGGAGGGCUAGAAUUGUUCACCAUGCCCACUGUGGUGGUAAUGGAUGUGUCCCUGUCCAUGACCCGGCCUGUGUCUGUCGAGGGGUCUGAGGAAUACCAGCGGAAGCACCUGGCUGCCCAUGGCCUGACGAUGCUAUUUGAACACAUGGCCACAAACUACAAGCUUGAAUUUACAGCGCUGGUGGUGUUUUCAUCACUAUGGGAGCUGAUGGUCCCCUUUACGAGAGAUUACAACACCCUGCAGGAAGCACUGAGUAACAUGGAUGAUUAUGACAAAACCUGCUUGGAGUCUGCGCUAGUCGGUGUUUGCAAUAUUGUCCAGCAAGAGUGGGGAGGAGCCAUCCCUUGCCAGGUUGUUCUGGUGACUGAUGGCUGUCUCGGCAUUGGCAGGGGGUCACUGCGACACUCCCUAGCGACUCAGAACCAAAGAAGUGACAGCAACAGGUUCCCACUGCCCUUCCCUUUCCCAUCUAAGUUGUAUGUCAUGUGCAUGGCGAACUUGGAGGAGCUUCAGAGCACCGAUUCCUUGGAAUGCCUUGAACGACUCAUAGACUUAAAUAAUGGUGAAGGGCAAAUUUUUACUAUCGAUGGCCCCCUGUGUUUGAAAAAUGUGCAGUCUAUGUUUGGAAAGCUGAUAGAUCUGGCGUACACACCUUUCCAUGCUGUUCUCAAGUGUGGCCACCUGACAGCUGAUGUACAAGUGUUCCCCAGGCCAGAGCCCUUUGUGAUUGAUGAAGAGAUCGACCCCAUCCCUAAAGUCAUUAACACAGAUUUGGAAAUAGUGGGCUUUAUUGACAUAGCUGACAUCUCCAGCCCCCCAGUCUUGUCCAGGCAUUUGGUCUUGCCCAUAGCACUUAACAAAGAAGGUGACGAGGUGGGUGCUGGCAUCACUGAUGACAAUGAAGAUGAGAAUUCAGCCAAUCAGAUUGCUGGCAAAAUACCCAACUUCUGUGUCCUGCUCCAUGGCAGCCUGAAGGUGGAAGGAAUGGUGGCACUUGUCCAACUAGGUCCUGAAUGGCAUGGAAUGCUCUACUCCCAAGCUGACAGCAAGAAGAAAUCAAACCUCAUGAUGUCUCUUUUCGAGCCUGGCCCAGAACCUCUCCCAUGGCUUGGGAAAAUGGCACAGCUGGGGCCCAUUUCAGAUGCUAAAGAAAACCCUUACGGAGAGGAGGACAACAAGAGCCCGUUCCCCCUGCAGCCCAAGAACAAGCGAAGUUAUGCCCAGAAUGUGACUGUCUGGAUCAAACCCAGCGGCCUGCAGACAGACGUACAGAAGAUCUUAAGAAAUGCAAGGAAGCUCCCUGAAAAAACACAGACGUUCUAUAAGGAGCUCAACAGGUUACGGAAAGCCGCCUUGGCCUUCGGUUUCCUGGACCUGCUUAAAGGGGUGGCCGACAUGCUGGAGAGGGAGUGCACCCUGCUGCCUGAUACCGCCCAUCCAGACGCCGCCUUCCAGCUCACCCACGCUGCCCAGCAGCUCAAGCUGGCCAGCACUGGCACCUCUGAGUAUGCCGCAUAUGACCACAACAUCACACCCCUGCACACAGACUUCUCAGGGAGCAGCACUGAAAGAAUGUGAUGCUGAAUGCUGGAGCUGUCCUUCACGGUCCUUCACGGUCAUUUUGUCUGAAAGCAAUUUAGAGUUAAGACCUUCUCCACCUCUGAGUAGCCACCCAAAGACCUUCAGCUCUCAGAAACAGCAUCUGCCCAUUGAAAUGCUUCUGCUGCAGUCUGAGGAAGGUCUGCAGGGUGGUUGUCUGGGCCCAGUCGUUAGGUCCAGAAGCAGGCUUUGUUCCAUGACAGGCACAGCUCCUGAGAUGCUUGGACGGUGAGGAGGGCGAGCUCAGGAAGAAUCCUAACCAUCAAGGGCCUUCCAGCAUCCAGAAAGUGACUUUUCACGUCUCAAUUAUAAGGACAGUCUUAAACUUCUGUGUUUGGAAGAAGCAAUCCAGACUAAGUACGAACCCAAUGCCACUGAAUUUUCAGUUUUUUUCUUAGAACUUGUUACAAUACAAGUGGCGAUACUCAGGUGCUUCUGGUGAAUCUUAAGGUACAAAUUUUCAGACUGUGACCACAGUAUGUGUAAAAUCACUCCUGUCCAUGUUUUUACAUGAAAAUUAAAUACUUGAUUUUCUAUAAAAUGAUUGCACUUAAAAACAAAUGGUGUUUUGAUCUAUCUUAUCCUUCAAGGAUAUAAUG